AUGGCACGCACAACAAGUAACUCUAAUAGAACUGCUAUUAAUGACAAUGGUUAUACUCCUGCUAGACGUGUUAGACGUCAAAAUGCUCAAGUUCCUGCUCCUGCUUCAUCAAAUGCUUCCAAUUCAGGUGAUACUAAUCCAGUGGAUUUAGCUGAUGAUAUACCAGAAUUCAAGAAAUUACAACAAGAUUUUGAAGUCUUUAUUGAAGUUUUAACAACACCUGAAGCAUUUUUACAUAGUUUGAAAACAAAAUAUAAUGAUAUCUCUGCAAUUUAUUUAACUUUUUCAAUUUUCAAGAUUGGUGGAUUAAAUCCAUUCAUUGAUUAUUUACCAUCAACUUUAAAAAUUGUGGCAAUUUCUUGGGUUGGUCAUAAUGCUAUUGAUGGUGCCAAAUUAAGAGAUCGUGGUAUUAUCUUGACAAAUAUUGGUGAUGCUUCAGCUAAAGAUGUUGCUGAUAUUGCUUUAUUCCUUUCAAUUUCAGUAUUCAGAAAUACUUCAUAUUUGGAACAUUCAUUAAGAUCAAAUAAUGGUGAUAUUACUCAAGCUCGUGAAGUUUUAGGUGGUGAAUCAAUUGAUCCUGUGACCAAAGAACCAUUACCACCAACAGAUCCAUAUCGUAAAAAUUUAGCUAAAUUCUUAACUAUUGGUGGUAAAGAAUUAAAUUCUCCAUUUGGUAAAACUGUGGGUAUCGUUGGUUUAGGUGGUAUUGGUAAAGAAAUUGCCAAAAGAUUAAAUGUUAUUGGUUUAAAAAUUAAAUAUACCAAAAGAAAACCAUUGACUGAAAUUGAACAAGAAGAAUUAGGUUUCCCAACUGAAUUUGUCUCAAAUUUUAAUGAAUUAUUACCACAAAUUGAUUUAUUAGUCCUUGCAGUUCCUCAAAGUCCAGAAACUACACAUUUAAUCAAUGAAGAAACAAUAAAAUUAGUUAAACCAGGUUUAAGAAUUGUUAAUAUCGGUAGAGGUGCUGCAAUUGAUGAAGAUGUUUUACUAAAAGCUUUAGAUGAUGGAAUUGUUAAUUCUGUUGGAUUAGAUGUUUUCAAAAAUGAACCUCAUAUCGAUCCAAGAUUUGUGAAUAGAUGGGAUGUUACUAUUUUACCUCAUAUGGGUUCAUUUACUGUUGAUAAUUUUAGAAUUUCAAAUGCUACAUUGAUUAAAAAUAUUGAAAAUGUUUUGUUACAAGGUGGUGAAGGACUUUUCCCUGUUAAUUAA